AUGUCGCCUCGCGUGCCGCUUGGCCAACCGGCCAAUCACCAAAUGCUCAUUGAUUUGACUGGGGACAGCGAAAUAGAGAUCGAAAACAUCGAACCUGGCACAAAUGCUACUAAGCGGUCCAAACAGCCUCAUACUACUAUCACCAAAGCCCUUUUUGGUCCUAGCAUCACCUACCAGAGACUAAUGGAUGGAGUGGACUCGACAAAGAGAAAGAGCGCAGCAAGUUCAAGCCAAUCUGAUACAUCAGACAGUGAUGUUCCACACAAGCUUGCACGCCGUAUUUCCCAUGCUCAUCCCACAACACCCACUCCUUCACCUACGCUCCCACCAAAGUCGCAAUUCAGUGUGGUGAUUCCUUCACCAACAUCUGGUCAAAAGCGACUAAUUGAUAUCGCCCGGAAAAAAUCAAUUCAAGGAAUCAAUGAGCAGUUCUUUCCAACAAACGAUGAGGAAAAGAGAAUAGCUAGCGCAGCAUACCCUAAGUCGCGGGCACCUGUCGACCGCCGCUCUUACCCAUUAUCUUUUAGCUGCAAAUCAGACAAGCCUCUUAAUCUCUCGCCUGUGACCUCGAAACAGCACUUGGUUGCCAUUCGUGCCAACCUUGAGAAGAAGCUCAGCCAAAUCAACGGUCCUCCCGUUACCACUGCUGUCCAGGACCCCAAGCUUCUCGCCCAGCUAGCCGACAAUUUCGAAUUCAUCAAUGACUACAUUGACCGCCCGGGCGUCUUUCGCGUUCAGGAGGAAUACAACUUUGGCUGUUCUUGUGAUGAUGGCAAAUGUUCCAUUCUCUCGUGCGACUGUUUAGACCAAGAAAAGGACAGCGAAGACCGAAUCGUCACGUACGGAGAAUCUAAUGAUAGACCCGGUUUCAUCGUGGCAUCCCGUGAGUUCCUUGCUCGAAAGGCUUUGAUCAUGGAAUGCAACUCGCUCUGCAGUUGCCUUGACAAUUGCUGGAACCAUGUUGUUCAGAAGGGAAGAACUGUUCGGCUCCAAAUUUUCGAUGCUGGAGCACGAGGCUUUGGUCUCCGUUCCCCUGACCCAAUAGUCACCGGGCAGUUCAUUGAUCGCUAUCUCGGCGAAGUCAUUACCAAAAACGAGGCCGAUGACCGCGAGAGCCUUAUCGAAGGAUCUCACAAUCAGUCAUACCUCUUCUCCCUAGACUGGUAUGUCGAUGACGACGAUAGCGAAGAACAAAUGAAUGUCAUCGAUGGACGCAAGUUUGGAUCCGUCACUCGCUUUAUCAACCACUCUUGCAACCCUAACUGCAAGAUCGUUCCGGUGCAGACGACCUCCCAUGCCGAUACCAAAGUCUACACCCUUGCCUUCUUUGCUCUUCGCAAUAUUCCCGCUGGCACUGAGUUGACCUUUGACUACAACCCGGCCACUCAAGACAGCGACGAAAGCGACGACAGUGACUACGAGCCCAAAGACCACAAGGGACGACGUAAGCUGGAUCCAGCAGCGGUCCGAUGCCUCUGCGGAGAAUCCAACUGCCGCGGACAGCUCUGGCCUAACCAACGCAAAGGCCAACACACCAAAUCUUAG